UGAGUGGCCGGUUUGAUGGCAGCCACGGCCGGAGCCCGGCGGCUGCCCAUGGGUGUGCGGACAUUUAGUGACUUUCUCCACAUCGCCACCGUCGGUUCCCCUCGCUCUUCCUGUCGUACAGCGGUGACAAGAGGAUGCAUGCGGCAAAACAUCAGACACUUGUCUUCAUGCGGCAUUUUGAUGACAAGAUCUCCCAGAGUGCUUUGCCUUCAAGAGUGGGACACAAUGUCAACUGUUCCCCAAAGCAGAAACUUCAUCAGUCUCACCAACAAAAGGAAGGAGUACUCCGAGCGUAGGAUACUUGGCUUUUCUAUGCAGGAGAUGUAUGAUGUUGUGGCCAAGGUGGAUGAGUACAAGCACUUCGUGCCGUGGUGUAAGAAGUCCCAGACCAUCAUGAAACGAGCCGGCCACUCUAAAGCCCAGCUUGAAGUGGGUUUCCCUCCAGUGGUGGAGAGAUACACGUCUAUGAUCACUUGUGUCCGGCCUCAUCUAGUCAAAGCUGUGUGUACAGAUGGAAAGCUGUUCAAUCACCUGGAGACGAUAUGGCGCUUUAGUCCUGGCAUUCCUGGUUACCCUCGCACCUGCACGGUAGACUUUUCUAUAUCCUUUGAGUUCCGCUCUUUGCUGCACUCCCAGUUAGCCACCAUGUUCUUCGACGAGGUUGUAAAGCAGAACGUCGCGGCGUUCGAGCGGCGAGCCAGUAAGCUCUACGGCCCAGAGACUCGAAUCCCACGAGAGCUGAUGUUUCACGAGGUGCAUCAGACGUGAUCUCAGCAGCCGUAUGUUCUCAUCUGGCCUUAAACCAUACCAACCUUUUAUUCCCUUUAUCCACAUCGACCUGCAUGAUGCUGCUUAGUCGCCCGAGUCUCCACCGCCGCGUUAGACAUCAUGCCUCCCGAAGACCUUAGACAUCCAACGCUUGUAACCAUUAAGUUGGAAUUCCUGCCUCAACAAAUUUUUGUCCAUCUCCUCCUCCUUGUGUCCACUUUCUGUCUACCUCCACUCACAGGUUCCUUGUUUGAAAAGGAACCCCACAUCGCUCUCGCUCCACGGCGGUUACAAGCUGUAUUUAUGUAAACAAAACAGUAAAUCAUUGCAACAUCAAGUUACCAGUGGUAGAGAGUCGACUAUUUUUUUAACACCGCAGUGACACUCAGCAAAACACUGAUAGAAAAAGGCACAGACGAGUCCGAGUCGGCCCAGUUCAAAAGUAAUCUGAUCAGAUAUCGAACAUCAGUUUGGAUCAAAUUUUGAAAACAGUUUGUUCAGAACAAUAAAGGUGAUUCUGAAGUUAGAUGAGAUUAUGUAAUCUAGGUUUUGAUGUGGAUUAAACCUUCAGUUUAAUUGGGAUACUUUUUCUAUCAAAAAAAAAAAAAAUCUGAAUGAUCCUAAACCCAGCAGAAAGCUGGAUUCAGGAUGAAUUUUAGGCACAAAAUGUUAAAAAAAAUUCAGUUAAAUGUUUUGAACACCUGGGCCCAGGUCAUCUGUCACGCAGACACGGUAUCAAGUCAAAGUGUCCAGUUUUUAAUGUUGACCACCUUCAGCUGCUUACUGUAUACUGUAUUAGAAAAACCUAUUAUUUGCCUUUACUUUUAUCAUUUAAAUUUAUUAAAACGUAUUAUUUUCAAUGAAUAGUGAACUUGGUGCAAAACAAUAAAUUUCAUCCUUUUUUAAUUAAUUCAUCAAUAGUUUAAUGUGGACUUUUGCUGUUUUAUUUGGGUAAAAAUAAAUGUGCCAUGUUGUGGACAUUAAGAGUGUCACUUUGUUGUGACAAUAUCAUUAAAGUGCAACCAUUGAAAUGGAAUGAGUGCAACAUUUUGCAAAGGGAAAAUGUCUUUAGUUAUUUUUUAAUUAUAGUCAUUGCCCUCAAUUGAGUUUGAGCUUUGGGGAAAUUUAGCUUUAACUUGGCUUUUUAUCUUGUGCUGUGAGAAUUGUGUUUUCGGACAUCGAGACUUGGCCUGCCAAUUUAACAAUGCCUUAUUUUACAGCCCAGCAUGAGUCACUGUUUGAGGUGAGGGAAUCUUAACUUUUGCACAAACGAGCACCUGAAUGAAGCCGUGGACAGGCUGGAGAGUACUGUGAAAUACUGUAAACCCAUCAUAUAGAAUAACUACAGCUUUAUAUUUAAAAAAAAAAUAGUUUUCAGAUGGUCACUGGAUGAUCCGCUUUAAAUCAUGGACAUUUAAUUGAUCUGAUAAGUUCCAGCUAUAAGGAUCCAUUUGAUCUGAAGCAGUGUUAAGAAGCACAUUUCUGUACUGUUUUUAUUUUACAGUCCAUCUUCUGAAGGUAGUCGGCUGAAUUUACUUCGUCAAAAAUACACUGGUGGGCUGUACAAUAAAACAACCAUUGUCUGUGGGUUUCAUGCUUAUUUUUUGGGAUGUGUUAGUUUUUAUUUAUAUACAUUAUGAUGCAUGGAUGUAACUAAAAAAAAAUAGUCUACUACAUUUCCUAGUGUUUAUGUGUUGUAUUGUUUGGGCAUGACUGCAUUGAGUUUAUGUUGCCUGUGGCUUUAUUCCAUGAUAAAGGGCUCAUAAAGUUCAUUGAUUGUAUUUGCUAUUUUCAGAGGUGACAUAUUCAAGUUGAAAAAGGUCAACGGAUACAGUCAGAGUGUGUAACCUUCCUCGUAACAGGCAGUUCAUGAAGUCCACAUGCUCCAAGUCUCAUACUCCAAAUAAAUUGAUUUUUAAAGGUAGAUUUUGGCUUCGUAGCUGAUGAGGUUGUUCGUUAUUGGUGAGGUGAUACAAGGAUAAUUGAUGAAUGCAUAGAGUGUUUGUUUAUUGAAUUAAAUCAGUCUAUAAUUCAUUAUUACCUAAAAAGAAAAAAGUUAUUAAAAGAUUGUCAAGUUCCAUUUUUGAGUGUUAUUUCUUUGAGGAAUAAUAGAUUAAGUUAAGUAAUGUUGCAUCAUGUAAGAAUCCAUCUUCAACUUUUUUUUUGCGUUAGUUUUAUUUUCAGUAUGUUGCCACAGAUUGAAUUUCCCGCCAAGUUGAAUUAUUUGAGGUGCCAAUAUUCUAUAAAAAAAACCAUUAAAAAAAAGGAGACGAUAUAAACAAAACAAUUAGAGCGUAUUAUAUGACUGCCUCAGGCGUCCGUCCCACCGUAUAUUUCCACAUUAAUUGUCAAACUGCAGGUAUAUAAAUAACCUUUGUUAGCGGCAGCUGAGUAUGUAUAUAGGAUGGAGACACAUUAUAUCACUGGCUGAAUAGUUAUACCGUAUUGCCAUCAUUUUGCAGUCCAACCACUUUUUUGUUGCGAGCUAAAAUGUAUCUUUGUAAAUACUGAGUGUGUAUUUCAGAGCUCUGUUAUUUAAAUAAAGCAGCAGGUGGAAUUUGUUUCCUUGUGUGAAGCGUUGUUAUUUUUUUUCUUUCUGUGUGUUUUUGGUUAUUUGAUUGCAAACAAUCAGUUUUUUUUUGUUUCGGAUCCCCCAAAGUACUGAAAUCUGAGAUAUUUGUGUGUACAAGUUAAUUAUCACUUGGGAACAAGAUAUUAUCUGCAUGUGGGAACAAGUAAUUUAUGAGCACAACAUAAUAAAAAAAAAAGGUUGCGCGCAAAUAAUUAGUUCCCACAGGACAAUUAACUUGAGUUCUCAAGACUCUUAACUUGUGCACACAGAAUAACUCGUUCCCACAAGACAAUUAACUCGCUCAACCUUCGACAGUGUGAGUACAUGAGGUCGGACACCGCUCUCCAAAAGGCAGCUGACUGUCACAAGAAACCAGAGCGGGGCGACGGUAUGUGGGCCAGUUAUUAAUAACAGCACAUAGAAGAGGUGGAUACUUGGACCUAUCUUAUUUCUUGAUAAUGUUUAUUGUAUUUGUUACAUAAAACUUCAGCCUCAGCUAACCUAUCUCAUCACAGAGGAAGACAGGGCUGAAUGAGUGAGACGGCUAAUGGUUAUUACCAGAAAGAAUUACGUUGUGUCUGUGUGUCGCAUUAAAAGUGUCCCACGUCUGACGCUGCGUGUCUCAACAAGUGUGUUUUUAGGUUGCAAGGUCGUCCUCAUAUUACAGACACGACAGGAACUCUCAUAAAAACCAGAGUGGAAGAAAUCAUCCAUCAAUCUGGUGGACACUGACCUCGCUCUUCAGUGGUUCUGGAUUUGUCUUUUUAUUAAAUGAGAACUGAAAAUUAGUUGAAUGAUAAUAAUAAAGUAAAAAUAUUUUCUCAAAUAUUAUAUUUAAAACAGUGGUAAACAUUUUGCACGGGCUGCAUGCUCCAAAUGCCACAGAAGCAUUCUGCUUAUAUAGUUGGUUUAUUUUAAGAAAGUCUAAAUAAUAUUUUCAUUAUGUUGGAAAACACAUUUUCUAUAUUCUAUAUUUUGAGUAUCCCCAAAUAAGAAAAUCUAAAGCCAGCUUAUUAUUUUUUUGUUUUACUUAAGUUUGUUAGUGUCUGGUUUCCCUACUUGUCUUGUUCUGUAUUGUAUUUGUUGUAUUUUUGGUUUUCACUUUGAUUUGGACAUGUAUUCCACUAUUUGUCAUUUGUAUUGCGGUGUUGAAUUUCAUGUUGCACACUUGUAUAAAUAAAAAGGAAAAGAAAAAAAAUUGGGAGCAAUAGUGUGGAAAUUUUUUCCAUAUUUAUCCAAACCUGGAAAUUACUAAAAUAACAUUCAAUACUGCAUAGGAACCCCAUUAAUAAAAUGAGACCAAACAAGUUAAUAAAAACUUUUAUUUUUCUUUUUUUUGUUAGGUUUUCCCAUAUUUGCUCUUCAAGCUUUUCUUGCCCUUUUGACCCAUCCAGCCCCGUCCCCCAAGUGUUUCUCUGACGAACCCAUCUGCAAUGAAUUCUCCCAGUUACCACGUACAACCUCUAUGCUCCUCUACGAUCAAAAUAACCGCGUCUCCUCAGCAACCCGCCACGAGGAAGAACACUACAAUAAAACAUAAACACGUCUGAUAAAGCCAGAAGGAUGAUGGAAAAAAGCAGAGCGGGGAGAAUAAAACAUCUGAGACUAACACGGCAAGAAAAAAAGAAGAAAAAAAAAAGAUGCGUACACGAAAAUGGAGUGCUGACAAACCCAGAUCUUAAGAGCAAGCUUGAAACGUUCAAGUGAAACACCUGAAAAACAGCACCGGCUAAGCCCACAGAGCUAGGCAAGAAAUCAUGUAUAUACAACAUAGCUGCGGUUUUUGUUCGUUGUCAGAAUUUCACAGUGACCAGUGAGACUGAACGUUACAGUGAGACUGGACACCACUACACUGUUGGUAAACUAUGGUAAUCAUUGUGGUUA